AUGCGAACGCGCAAUAUAUCUGAAAGCCAAAAUGUGAGAAACAGAGAGAGACAAUUUGCUUGGCAAUACGACAAAAUAUACUUUCUGAAGGCAGUAGUUAGGUUUAUCCACUGAAUGAAGCAUUUUCCAGACUCUUCACUGCAACAUCUCGUAACUGUUCCAGGUGAUUUCGGCGUGGCGAACCCUUCCUUUUGAAGGUGCACUUAUUUUGAUAGAAGCCGUCCUUUACUUAAACGCCACCUCAAAUCUAGCACUGGCUUAUCCGUUAAAACACAAGCGCCAACCAUUUUUGCCACCCACCGCCCCUUUUCACUUGAUAACCAACUCUUCCACCUUCAAGUUAACCAGUAGGCAUGACUCAGAGUGACUAACUGGAUGAACUUUUGUUAACAAAGAGAAGCUUCUCAAAACGAUAUAUGUCGGAAGGGCACAACACAUGAAAAUUUUAGUCUUGACGAAAAUUCUAAUUUUUCGUUACCAAAAUGUAUUUUGAAUCACGACAGAAUAUAAUUGGGUUUUUUAUUCGCGGCUGAAACCCCUCUCGGAACCCACCCCUUUAGAAAUACUAAAACCAUUGUGAGAUGUUCAAAAAAGCCCAACUGACGUUUUGAUAAGUAAACGCAAGUGUUAUUUGAUGGGGAGUGUAAACUUCUGUGUAAAACUUUGGACAUUUAAUCCGAUCAAAUUUGUCGACGGAGGCACGCUAUGUAUUCUAGAGACAGUAUCAUCAACACAAGUUGUUGUUUAAGAUACAGUUAAGGACGUAUUAAGGUAUCAAGCGGACAUGAUUUUUAGAAAGUCCCCAAAUUGUUCUCUCCAAAUGUUCUGUAAAGCAAACCUGUGUGUGUUCAAAGCAAUCACUAGCGAGGUUUUACGGUAGUUGGCCUAUCUUCCUCUUUCCCUUUUCAUUAAAUGAAUUUUUUUUUCUCAACAGGAGUCUGCCGCUGUGUACUGUGUUAAUGUAAAGGUUUGUUUCUGUUCUAAAUUGUUUGUUGCUUAAUAAAGUACUAUCUUAUUAAGAGCACUGCAUUGGAUUUUUAUUGGAUUUUCAAUUAGUGCUACUGAAAUUUUGAUAACAGUGCCCCUGUUAGCAGUGUGCUCCAAAUAUGAUAUCGCUAACUUAACUUACCCGUGGUAUUUUGUCGUUGUCGAGAAGGCACAGAAGGCAACGUUAAACUUCUCUGAGGGACACCACUUAAUAUGGACUUGCCGUUGAGCUGUUGUUUUCUGGGUUCUCCUCGGCGGGUUUCUCGCAUUUAAUCCGACGCGCUCCAACCAUGUGACCUGUCACGUGCCAGCGAGCUAAAUACGUUGAGGCUCAACAAGUAAGAUCAAAAUUGCAUGUCAUGUCGUGGGCGGCCUGUUUUAAAACAAGAACAAAUUUGAAUCACACUAUGGUCAGAUAGUGCGGAAUUAGUAACAUGAAAAAAACUGAAAAUACAACCCCACUCCGGGUUGUAAUUUUCAAACUAUUUAUCAAACAGUCUGUGCGCUACUCUCACGAAAGGAAAUGGUAGGUCUUAACCUAUGUCACGUUUGAUUGUUAUGUACUCGUAAAAAGAAGAUAAAAAAUACCAUUCCUCGUGGAGUACACAAUUGCGAAGCCUCGUGGUUCUCCACAGGUACAGACUUAGCGAGAUAUAUUUAGCCAAACGGAAAUAGAUUUGAUGUUUUGGUUUUAGAACGUGUUUGAUCGUAUCAGAGAUGCUAAGCCGUUCAGUGGAAGGUAAAUACUAAUUAGCGACGCUUGUUUUCUCAAACAAAAAAGUGAUUGCCUUGCGUCCCUUGCCUUUUAAACAAUUUUUAUUGCGACGUUCUCCGUCUAUAUAAUAUUGUCAUUCCUAUCAAGAAUUUAAUGACAUCUGUAAAUCUGAAGAAGGCUGUAAGGCCAGCCGAAAUAUUGUUUUACAAAAAAUCAAUACACGUUGUUAUCAGCUUUCCAGUAGUCUUUGGACUUCUCGGUUUUGGUUCUUAAUAUUUUAGCUGAUUUGAUCUCUUUUCUAGAGAUCCAACGUUGACAACCAGCAGGAUGUUCGUCCACGGUUUUUCCUGUUGUUUUGUUUGUCACAGUGAGUUCCUUGGAUCACCGGAGGGCUACCAGUAUUCCACCAAAAGGUCCAUGAUCUCCAGUCGCAUUGUAAUGGGUCACUUGAGGCGGCAAACAAUCAAUUGUUUUUAAAGUUUCCCAAAAUUUUGUAUUCGAAUUUUUCAACGGUAAUCAGUGGCUUAGUCUUGCUAAGUUCCUAGAUGAGAUAUAGCUUCCAAUGCUAAACUGGGAAUCAAUUUGAAAGGAGUUCCUGGCAUUCGUUACGUGGAUUUUUCCAUUUUCAUAGGCUCCUGAUAGUACACAGUUUCAUUAAACUUUGAACAAUUCUGUUCAACAUUUUUUUCCUUAAGUAUUCGAAACUUUAAGGCCUACCUAAACUUAUGUACAAACAAUAUUCUACAUGUCGAAAAUAUAUCUACUGAUUCCGAAAACGAAACAAAGAAAAGUACAUCAGAGAUAACUUUAUCAUUUUUAAUUACAGUUAGUCAAAAAGCGAAACUUUGCGGUUUUGGUGUAAACUUUUUUCUGCAGAGAUAACUGAAAGACCAUCAACAUUGUUGCCAGGGAGGUUUCUCCUCCUCCCUUGAGAACCAUCUAACCCCGGGGUGGGGGCGGGGGGGAGGAACUCCCAUGUAAAAGUGAUGGGAUGCUCAUCGGAAAAUUAAAAUUAAACCCGUAAGAGAGAUUAUGAUGGGUGUUGCUCAAGCUUAGAGAAUUCACUAGGGACAACGUGCAAAGAAUGGAAUUUGCUGCCACUUAUGUAAGAUUUAGAAGUAAACAUGUCUGUUUUUGCAUUGUCAGAUUUGGACAUUAUCAAGUCGCAAACCAUUAGCUAUUUUACCUGUCUAAACUUAUGUGCUUUGUCAGGCUGCCUGAUGAAGUGGCUCGAGAUUUUUAACCAAUCAAUAAGCGUGCCAUGUUAGAUUCUCUAACACUGUCCACCCGAUUAAGUUAACAAACCUUAAUCAAACUUAACUCCCGGUCAAAUAUCAAAUUAAAGCGCCUUUGCGAAUAGUGGUGUAGGAGCUUGAUAAGAGCUUGAUAGUGCACCAGUAAUAAUGAGAAUAUAUUUUCCUAUUUGUAAACGAAUGUCUCCUCUUUUGUUGUCACACUGUAUGUAUUUUCAGUAAUCUGUCCCACCUUCGUGUUGAUGAUUCGUUUCGUGACUAAGUCGCAUUCUGAUUAAACAAUAUGAUCUUUGUAUUAUCCGUUCGUCUCUUUCCUGCUCGGGGAGUUUCAAGGUCAUAUUUAGCCCGAAACGAUUAUUCAUUUUUAAGGCAAAAAUUAAAUGGCAGUCAAAGCUCAGGGGCACCCAAAAACGGUUUCCUCCGAAUCCAUUGAAAAGACUUUUAAGGCUACCCAGAUACUUUUAGAUCUCUAGAAAUGCAUUGUAAGCGGCGCUUCCAGGGUGCCCCUGGAAGCUCUCGUAAGCGAUCAAACGGGUCGUAACUUGAGCUGGUCGCUUACAAGAGUGGUAGCAAGCAGAGUGUCGACUGUUUCAACUUGAAAUAAAUCACAAGCACAAUGCACCAACAAUGAAGGUUUUUUUGUCUGAUUUAAUUUCGUUGAGUUUUUCACAGUGAUGACCCUCUUCUGCAGGUGAAGUUAACAAAGCGGUUGAGGGGAUUAACCGAGAGCUGACGAAACUAUGUCACGCGACAUGCGCUUGAUAACGUUCAGUGAAAACAAAUAAAAACUGAGAAAAACACAUCACACGAGUGCUUGUGAAUUAUAUAAUAAUAACCAAAAAGAAAAACAAAAAACGCGGAGUUGAGUCGGUUAUAUCAUAGUUGAAAUAACGGAGAAGGUACUCGAUCGACAUCAGAGACCUUAUCGACUUCUUUUGUAAACAGGAAUAUUUAUGAACGAAUUUACGAACUUGCUUUUAAAAGCCCAGGUUUCGAAAAAAGAAAAAAAGGAUAAAUUUUUGAAGGUUUGUUACGUAAUGAGAUAUUUUUCAAGACAAGGAAUGAAUAAAAUUGAAGUACAAUAAAUCACAGCAGAAAAAGAAAAAGAAAACACCAGUUCAGUUACACAUGUUUCAAAAUUAUUCCUUACCUAAAGCGUCCUAAUACGAGCUUCACAAGGCAAUAAAUAUGGUAUCCUCUCUUCAUAGGACGACCACGACAUAUAUUUUAGUUAUUUACCAGUGAAUAUCGCAGAUUUAAAUGAUGUUUCGCUAAACAAUUCACCAGUAGACGGGAAAUGAUAGAGUUGGGGAGUAACAAGAGUUCCGCUUGAGAAUGCAUUCAAAAAGGCGUUAGGGUAAUUAUCACUUUCUUUCAAUGCAAUCGUACAGAUCCCCCGCAAGUCGCCAACAGUAAAACAAAAGACCACCCCGUGUGAUUCAAAACAGUAAGGAACAAUAGAAAAGCUUUUUUGAAAUAAAUCGAUUGGAUUUUGCUUGGUUAAUAUGUCAGUGAGAGGUUUUAAUACAUCCCUGUAAAACAGUCAUUAAAUAUUUCGGAAAUUUCAAAAACCCGCAUGGCAUCCAAAACGUUUUACGGUUUGUAAAAAUAAUAAUAAAUUUAACAGUUCUCCAAGGGUGUGUAGACUAAUUGUUUUAUGCACUUUGUUUGACUCAGUUGGUUUCUUCUCCAAUUUUUCAAGACGUCUAAAAAUGGUUAACUGUUACGAUACUGCCACGUAAAUGUUUACAUUGACUUAACCUUGACUAUUUAGAUUCGAACUUGCUUACAGAUUUGAAUUCCUGAAUUUAUAAGCUUUUUGUAUUUUAGUUAUCCUUGAAGUUCCAUGACCAGGAUUAAUUGGUUCCUCUUUGUUGGCACCUCAACUGAUUAAUUCUGUUUGCUAUCUUAUCGGUAUAAUUUUGUAGUUCUUCUAACCGCUGCUUAUUUGGCAUAAUUUGUCUUACACCAAGGACUGAUACAUGUACACAAAGCCUUGCAAUGUGACAUUGUCUUAUUUGCUCUUUUUAACGAAUCAUGACUUUACGAGAGAGACACUUAGGAAUCAUACUGAAAAUAUUUAAUGUCAUUCACGAUAGUCUCAUUUGACUAAAAGCGAGGUUUCGUCUUUUCUCCUUCAUAGAGGCUCCUGCUGGUUAUCCUAAUAAAAAUAGCAAUAAUCUAGACUACAAGUAGAGCCCUUAUUUUCCCUCAGGGAUAGUGGAGCGAGCGAAACGCAAGCGCAAGUGAAAAUCACCCCACGCGAGAAAGGCGCCUUCCUCGCGAUGGGUGAUUUUGACGCGCGCUUGCAUUUCGCUCGCUCUACUAUUCUUGAAAGAAAAUAAAGGACUACUCGUAGUCUAGCAAUAAUCUCUUUUUUCCCUCCUGUCCCCAGCCUCCCUAUGCACUCACUUUGAGCGCUUACCAUUUGUACGGAAAUUUCGGUGAACUGAUUUUCCGUCAAAUGGUACUGGUGUUUUUUCUGAUACCGAAAACAGGAACGGGAUUGAGUUGUACCAUUCACAAAAUACCAGUAAAUUUUUCGGUUUCUCUUGACAUGAAGCCUAGCACUAGUAAUCCGAACAAAUGGUACAGAAAAUCACCGUCGUCUCGGUAAGAACAGGAAAAAGGUAAUACCACAAAAGGUGUUACUUUUUACCGGAAAAUUUCCACCGGGAUGAACCGUUCCAUUUGAAUUCUCCACGGAAUUUCCGGGUUUUCCAUACAAAUGGUAAGCGCUCUAUAUACCUAGAUUUGGGUAGCGCUUCUGAUUGGUUGGUUGACAAUUAGCGUCAUCCAAUCAGGAGCUCUACCCAGAUCUAUACAUAUUGUCACUUCAUCAGUAUGGAAUUUCUGCGCUCGUUCCUCAGACGGGGAGGUGUCGCGAAAUGUAGGCUGUUUUUUCAGGGAAUGAAGUGUUCUAUUAUGAAGAUACGAAAAUUUAAAUUAUUUUUCUCUUUGUUUUUGAGGCUGUGGUCAAAUUCUGUGAACCGAGUUCUUCCACGUGAUAGUACUCCUUCAUUUUUCAGGAUAUUCAGAAACAAAACAACAUUUGAAUUCUUUUUUCCAGUUAUGGCUUCAAGGGUAUUUUUUUUAAAGCUAAGAAAGAAGUGUAGUGUCGCGAGUCUCCUUGUCAACCGCGUUUAAAAUGAUAUUUAAGACUGCAAAACAAGGUUGCCGUUUUCGAAAGGUUAUUUGGAAGGUUUCCGUAUCGAUUAUUUGUGUAAAAUGUAAAAUGAUUCAUUCACGCCAAGACGACAUGAUUGGUAGAGAGGGAGAUAAAUUAAACAGCAUAUCACUUUCAGAAAAUAAUUCGUUAUAGGUGCUUUCCAUUAGGAUAAAACAGCCUUAAUCAGAUGAAUUCACCAUACUGGAGGCGCCAAUCGAGCGACAAACAUGAUAACCAGCUUUAAGGGAAGUAAUCUUCAAGGCAAAAUAAAAAUUAGUAUUUGAAAAACCAAAGUUUCUUAUCAAUUGUUAACAAUUUCUUACAAAAGGCUCGUGAUCGGUCACCUUUCUCGUCUUAUUUUCGGUGUUAUGUAAAAACCCGAAAUAAACACCUUUUUUCCCGAGGCUGUUUUUAAUUCAUUUUCUUAAGAUAUAGAAACUUGUUUACAUAAUUCAGCGCUAAACUCUCGCAUAAAAUCAAAAGCUAUUCUGACUUUCAACUGAACUUGUCAACUACCACCCAAGCACUUAAAGAUAAUGUCCUCGAUAAUCCAUGUUGGUUUGUUCGUUUCCAUUUAAGUUGUGACCUUCUUCAGUACUAAAAGCUUUGAAAACAUAACUGUUAAAGACAGACCAAAACAAAGCACAUAACACAUUUCAAAACAUCCGCAAGGGACUUUAAAUUUACGACCACUUAAAGUGAACUUUUUCUUUCUCCACUACGGACUACUACGAAUCAUCGAUAGGCGUCGUAGCUGUCGAGAACAGCACUUAAAAGAAGGAAGCUAAUCACGUUGCUGUGGGCUCGAGACAUUCAUCAGACAGAUAUUUGACACAACUGUUAGCUUUCCCUCGAAGAACAAAUUGAACAUCAAAUAAACAUUUUCACCUGUGCUUGGGGCUAUUGUAAUUUUAAGCGUCGAAGCGCUUAGAAACUGUCAGUCUACGAUGUUUUUUGCCGGAAGGCCUUAAAUCUCUAGAAGGCAAGUUAUUGAUAGGCUUUUCAGUUUUUGUGAACAUUUUUUAAAUUGCAAACCACCAGUAAUGCUAUUUUCGUUCAUUAACUAUCUGCAGGCCAGUGAAUAAAGUGUUAAAUCGGCAAGCUGUCGAACACGCAUCAACACGAGUAAUCCUCUAUAAAAAAUCCUUUAUGAUUUACAAUAAUACUAUCGUGAAUUUAAUAUACCUUGAUUCUUUAUUUCAUCUCCUAGUUUUCCGUCUUGUCUAAUUAUGUUGCUGUCAACUUGACUCUCUAAACGAGAAAGUCUUCAGAGAAUAUUUAGGAAUGACGGGAGUUCAGCGACUCAAGGUCUCCUUCAGUAAUAAAGAGUUUAUGGUGAAUUUCGAAGAACAGACUUACCUUUUAGUAGAACUGAGUUACUUAUCGCACAAAAAGAUAAUCACUACUCCCCCUUGGGGCAUUAAUGGCCUAAAACGUACCUCGAAUAACAAAUGAAGCUGUUUGCAUGGCUGUUACUCUUCCUUACUGAUAAAACGUUUUCUCUCAACUCGUUUUGAACAACUUCCCUGUAUAAAUUGGAACCCGAUGCGAGUUUUAAGUGAUGCAAGCGCUAUGGCCUUUUAACUCAUUACUGAGAAAAUUGCUUUCAUAAUUUGUCAGUUGUCUCGCAUUUUGUGACAGGUGGAGUUGUAUUAUCAGAGAAAAAGUUCUAAAUUGAUAAAAAUCAAUUUACAUGCUAGAAUAUUCAUGCCAAAAUUGCAAUGCCCGAACCGACCUGUCGGUUUCCAAUCCAGGGCAUCUAGGGAGUCAUUCUUGCUCCGUUCGUUCAGUAAAGAAAUAGCUUUUAGUCGUCCGAAGAUGCUCUCAUCUCUAGUUCAAAAGUUAGCUUGUUUUGUGUGAAGAGGAAAUAGAUGAUCCUUGUUUGAAUAGGCCGUAAUAAAUCGCGAAUAAUUUCUAUUUUUUACCAAACUCGUUUGAAAAUAAACAGAAAAUGAACGCCGCAAGAAACCGUCUGAUGUUGUAGUAUGCAAAUAUCAGUCGGUUAAAAGCUGGCCCAUCCAUCCAUUUAUAGUCUUUUGUCUUAGUGGUCGGAAUCGAGUCUCGUACUGGCUUCUACACGUGACUGAUAAUGUUACUGUAAGCUGCAUUGUGGACAAUUCAAUAAACUGCUGGUCAUUGGUUGGCAGUUCCCGAAAGCGGGGAUCAAGACUCAUUGGGGAAACUGAUUUUAUGUUAACCCAAGAAAUAGUCGCAUUUUAACAUGCGAUUAGUCGUACAAUAAGCUUGUUGAACUAUUUAGACAAUCCGCUAAAAAUUAAACUCAGAUUAUAAAAGCUAUUGAUUAGGUUUUCUUCCAAAAUAACUAAACAAUUAACAGAGUUUCGUUAAGCAAAUUUUUGCCGCAUAGUAAUUACUGCUUCUUGUCAGAUUCAAGUUGAUUGUGACAAUUUAGACUGGUUGGUGGGAUGGCUGCAGACUGAAAGGGUAUAAAUUAUUACUGUACUUUAUGUGUAAGAAAAACUAGAUGAAACAAACCUUACUCUGAAUUUCUUCUUUUGUAACCAAGCUCGUCGUGCCUAAAAUGAUGUUUAAAAAAACCUUGCCAAGAGAGAAAAAAUAGCUUUAUCUGAGUCAGUAUACAAGUGCAUCGUAAGUAUCGCAAUACCUUUUAACAAUCAGACGUCACGUGUUACAUGGUAAUGAUAUUUCUAUAUUUCGUUGAAUUGAUAACAGCAGUGAACCGAGAGACGAUCGAACUAAAUUUAAGCUGAGGAAUUAAUUAACGUUAGAGACCGUCGUAUCGAGUAUAAUGAAUCCAACCCUCUGCCCUUUUGAAAGAGAUGCGAGUCUAAACUCCAGGCACUUUUCUUCGGUUUUGUUUUGUCUCUGGCUUUGUCGUUUGUUUUGUUUGUUUACUAUUUUCUACUUCUCAUAUCAUGUUAGAUCCGUUUUUGUUUAAUUCAAUGUUAAAAACAGGCGCAUGAAUAUUCAAGAAGCACCUGAAAAGGCAACUUAAAAAGUUUGUUUAUGAGGAUGGACGAAUUUCACUAAAAUACAAUUUCAAUCCAAUGUACUGUACUUAUGACAAUUUAUUCCUCCUGAUAAAAAGAUGAUAAGUUAGGUUAUUAAAAAGCUGGUUAAAAAGUUGGCCUUUCAAGAGAGAAAACUCUAAGUUUUCUUAAUUCGUUGCAGUUAAACAGGAAGUCAAUGGUUAUCGACUUUAAUAAACAGCUAUUUCAUUUAUCUCACUUUGGGAAGAAGUUCUUGAACCGAAAAUCGGCAGCACAUCGGUUAAAAAAUACAUAUGUCUUUUUAACUUACCUUGUUGUCGUUAUCUCCUGCCUCGAGGACUGAAAAAUAUUCAAGUUGAUAAAAAUUACGAAAGGAGGCGUCACAUGAGAUAUAAAUUUAAUAGAAUAUUAAUACUGUCACUUUUAGAGGUUGAGCAAACUUAAUUGUCAAAUAGGAAUUCGAAGGUCUUAAUAUUGAUACGUCGGUCACGACUCUUUUGCAAUUUCCAUAACAUAAAAGCACUCUGCAUUUCACUUAUUCUGCCUUUUUUUGCUGUCAUUUAGGGUCCCUUUAAAAUUUCAAAGGAGGAUUGAGACAUUAUCUUCUCUUGAGAUCUGUUUUACUGCCCCUGGCUGAAAUAGAAAAAAUUCACAUACAUGAGUGGAAUUAAAUAAAGCUGAUUUAUGUAAAGUCCUCAGAUUUAUUAAUUUUUUGGCCACGCAUAUAUAUAGCGCAAUAAAACAAACCUAUGGGCAAACACGGAAACAGGUGAGGUCACAAAAGCGUGGCGCACAGCAGACCACAGUAACAUUCUUGGGAGAAGAGUUCAAAAAUAUUUAGUUGUGCAUGUACGCGCAGUUAUCAAUGGCUUUGGUAAGCUUCAGUGUAAGGGUUGUCAGAGAUCUUACUUAAGAUUGAAAAAGUAAAAAUUUGCAGAAAUUCCUAAUCUAACACUACUGCUGUAAAUAACUUCUCUAAAUCGCCCCAGUUUUACGCAAAUUGAUAUUAAUUCUUGUCAAUAAAUUCAGCUCAUCAGAUUUUGUUCCGAGCAUCAAGAUGUCACGAAGACCAAGAAAAAAAAAGUUUCAAUUUAAUCUCUUCUGCCUGCCAUUUAAAAGAAAUAUAGUGUACACCAUUAUACAGAAACAACCCAGUCAUCCUUGUAUUCCCGAUUCCGCACAUCCAAGUCAUCCUAGUCAAACGGUUCAUCUCAGUCAUCUCAGUCACCCUAGUCGUCCGACUCAUGCCAGUCAUCCUAGUCACACUAGUCAAGCUAGUUAUACCAUUCAUCCAAGGCAUCCAAGUCAUCCCAGUCAACCUGGUCAUCAAAGUCAUCCUAGUCAUGGCGGUCGUCCUAGUCAUCCUGGUCGUUCCAGGCAUACUGGUCAUUCCAGUCAUCAGUGUUCUCCUAGUCAUUGCCGUCAUCCAACUCAUCACGGUCAUCCUAGAAAUCCCAGUCAUCUUGGUCAUUGCAAUCAUCCAAGUCAUCUUAGUCAUCAUAGUCAUCCCAGUUAUCCCAGUCAUCCUAGUCAUCGUGGUCAUCCCAGCCGUCACAGUUUUCCCACUCAUACGAGUCAUCCUAGUCAUCGCUGUCAUCCAAGGUAUCCAAGUCGUCCCAGUCAACUCAGCCAUCCCGGUUAUCCUGGUCAUCCUAGUCAUCCUAAUCAUCAUAGUCAUCCCAGUCAUAUCAGUCAUCCUAAUCAGUGAUUUUGUUACAAAUAGUUAUGGUGAGCCCUGGGAUUCAUCUUGUAAAAAAUCAUGA